AUGAACGACAGCUUCAAAGAUCGGUCAGCAGAUGAACCUGACAUGGUGCCCAUCGAGGUCAUGUCAACUGUUCAUACACGUCAAUGUGGAUGUCCUCGAAUUGAGAUCAACCCAGAUGUUUUGGCAACUGCCCUUCAAUUUGCAGGACCCACAAGGCUUGGUGCUCUUUUGGGUGUGGCUCCAUGCACUGUACGAUGGAGAGUAUUAGAACACGAAAUUGUCGAACCCGGGAAUCCGGUUUACGUCAAGUUCACUGAUGAUGAAGGCAAGACACUUCAAUAUUAUACAUCAUCCACUGCAGCACAGUCCUCACUCCCUGAUGACGAGCUUGAUGCUAUCAUGUUGCAGAUUCUCACUCAGUAUCCUUGCUUUGGACAUCGCAUGAUAGAUGGCCAGUUACGCCACAUGGGGGUCAUAGUGCCUCGUUCUCACAUCCAAGCAUCAUACUCUCAUGUUCAUGGCCCGCUGUGGGGAAUUCCCCCACUGUAG